CGUUCGACGAAUGUUCUUUUCAAUUGAUGUUCAGUCGAUUGUAGCACGAGAAGUAAUGUGCGAAUCAUCAUUUCAUAUUUAAUACGAAUUCACACUGAUCAUUUUCAAGGUACCAACCGUACCUGUCAUCGACGAUUGUUCACUGGAUUCCUGUAUCACAUAAUGAAGCUAAUUCAUUUUUUGCUGUUGACGUUUUUCCUAAUUUCCAGUGUACGAACCGAUGAAAAUAUUACGCAGUAUAUGAAAUUCCCAUCAGGAUUCAUACUGGGAGUGGCAACAUCUUCAUACCAGGUUGAGGGUGGUUGGAAUGCAAGUGACAAAGGUGUAAAUGCAUGGGACCAACAUACUCAUAGGAACCCGUCACUCAUCCGAGAUGGAAGUAAUGGCGAUGUCGCUUGCGACUCUUACCAUAAGUAUAAAGAGGAUAUUGCAAUAUUGGAGGAUCUCGGAGUCGAUUACUACCGCAUUUCUCUCAGCUGGUCACGGAUUUUGCCAACCGGCUUCGCGAACAAUGUUAGCCAUGAUGGAAUUGAGUACUACAAGAAUUUGUUGGACGAGCUUAAGACUAAAGGGAUAAAGCCCCUGGUCACGAUCUAUCACUGGGAUCAUCCAGCAAUACUUGAAGAUAUGGGCGGAUGGACGAAUGAAUUGAUGGUCACUUGGUUCGCGGAUUACGCAAAAGUCGUUUUCAACGAAUUAGGGGACCGCAUUGGAAUGUUCGUUACGAUUAACGAACCCGAAGCACAUUGUGCUUUUUCUUACGAUGAACCGCGGAGUUUUCCAGGUGUGACACUUCCUGAAAUCGCCACGUAUUUAUGCUUGCACAAUAAACUGAAAGCACAUGCAAAAGUUUAUCAUAUGUACGACAAGGAAUAUCGAAGCCGGCAAAAUGGAAAGAUCGGUAUUACAUUUGGCUGUACGAAUUAUUACCCGAAAUAUGCCAACGAUAAAGUGACACCAGAUGUAUAUUUCUCCUUUAAAUGCGGCUGGGCGGCUGAUCCGAUAUUCUCCGAAACUGGCGAUUAUCCCAAAGUAAUGAAAGAGCGAAUCAGUGAAAAUAGCAAGUUGGAAGGUUACCCGAGAUCAAGACUUCCGGUAUUCAGUCAAGAUGAAAUCGAUAAUAUAAAAGGCAGUGCCGAUUACAUGGGCAUCAAUCAUUACACUUCGCUUUUGACGGAACCAGCACCAAAAUCCAAUACGACUGAAUGGUACAAGGACCAUGGGGUGAUUGAGAGUGUUAACGCCAGUUGGCCUCGAGCUGCCUCGUCCUGGCUUUUUAUUGUCCCUGAAGGAUUCGGCAAUUUGCUCAGAAUAUUGAAAAAUCGUUACGGCAAUCCUCCGAUUUACAUCCUUGAAAACGGAUUCUCUGAUCAUGGCACGAGCCUCAAUGAUAUUCAAAGAAUUCAAUACCUCCAUGAUUAUAUUCAAGAGUUGCUUUUGGCCGUCAAUCGUGAUAACUGCAAUGUAAAAGGGUACUUUCUUUGGAGUUUUCUCGAUAGCUUUGAAUGGUCUGUUGGAUAUACCGAACGUUUUGGUAUUGUAAGUAUUGACUUUCAACAGGCCGACAGACCCAGAACAUCAAAACUCUCUUACAGUUGGUUCAAACAGUUACUCCAGUCACGUGAUCUUUCUUUAACGAGUAUGCCUUAGAACUCACUGGAUUCAUUCUAAAACAUUUCAAUGUUUCAUUUAAAAAUUCAUUUUCACUGCGAUUUUUUUAAUCAAAUGAAUAAAAAUCGUAAAAUAAAGUACCUAACAUUAGUCAUAAACUUGAGUAUUCAGAGCGGAAGUAAACAAGCCAAUCGUCGAACAUAUCAAGCAAGCAUCUGGCCCUCAACCCGCUCAACAUAGCAAAAAAUAAUGUUUGUAAUGACGAAUCACUCAAUAUGUCAAUUUUUGAAAACAUUGGAUUGGGAUAAAAUUUUAGAAUGACUAAAAUUUCCAACAGCUAAAAUCUCAAGUUUAUAAUAUUCUAAUGAUAAUAUGGAAGCAGAUCAAUUCGACUAGAGUUUUGAAUGUUGAAAAUAAAUAAAAUAAAAAAUUCAAAGUUCGAAACACGUUUACAUCGAAAAUAGAAUGUAACAAUCACCCAUAGAACAACGACUAAAAUAUCGAUUUUCCGAAAAUUUACUUUUUCGAUUCGUAAAUCACUACAAUCAGCAAUACUGUGAAUAUUCACAAUUUCGAAAAUAUAAUAACGAAAGACUAAAUAUUACUGAGGUUGAAAUUGUUACGUCCAGAAGGGACGAACGUGGAUAAAGCAAGGUUCAAGUUUAUUAAAAAAAUACUGCAAAUUAAAAUUUGCAAAUUGCUUCCUCAAGAUGGUCAAGAUGCAUGGUGCUCAAGAUGCACAUUGCUCUAUGA